UAUGCUCACAGGCAGUGUUAUGGUGAAGGGUUACAGUGGGCUGGGUGUGUCAUCAUGACUCUGUUAGCUCAAGAGAAGAGAUUCGCUUCUUUGGACUUCUCUUAUCACUUGCUUCGUGUUCAUGAGUUUGAUGGACAAGAUGGAAAUGUACAAGGAAUUGAUCUUAAGCAGAUGAUAAAGCGUAUCAAAGUCUAUCGUGAUCUUAAUAAUCAAAUUUUUGUUAUAUUAAACAAACAUUUAUCUAGCAGUGAUAUACUUCAGAGACAAGUUAGGGAGUAUCAGCCUCCAAUAUUCCAGGCCACUCAGGCAUGAGAGUAUGGGAGUAUGGGAAUGAAUCUUUAUGAGUAAACUCCUAGUUAUUAUACUCGUUGUGAUUAGUUUGUGUUUUUAAUGAAUCAUUGUUCUCUUGUUAUUGAGAGAAAACUAAAGUAUUAUAAUAAUUAGUAUUAUUCUGUUUCUUUAUAUAUUAUCUAGUGUCAAAGUAAUUGUUUUACUAAUCAAUUGAUAUUUUUCUCAUUA